AUGGUACAAAUCUGGAACAACAAGGAGAUCUUAGGUAACUUGACAUCUAAAUUUCCGACUUUCUUAUUGAGUGGCAUUCCUGGCCUAGAGUUUGUCCAUGCCUGGAUCUCUGUUCCUUUCUGCUGUCUUUAUGCCACUGCACUCUCUGGAAACAGCAUGAUCCUGCUUGUCAUCAUUACCCAGCAGAAUCUCCACGAGCCUAUGUACUGUUUCCUCUCUAUGCUGUCAGCUGCUGACUUGGGCUUGACUCUUUCUACAAUGUCAACAACGUUAGGUAUCCUCUGGUUUGAUGCUUGUGAAAUCAGUCUAGAUACCUGCAUUAUCCAGAUGUUUUUUCUUCAUGGAUUUACCAUCAUAGAAUCUGGGGUGCUGGUGGCUAUGGCCUUUGACCGCUACGUGGCAAUUUGUGAUCCCCUGAGGUAUGCUACCAAACUCACUAAUCACAGAAUCAUUCAGAUGGGCCUCUUAAUGAUUAUGCGCACAGUCACAUUAAUAUUACCACUACUUUUGCUCCUUAAACCCCUCAAUUUUUGUGGAGUGAAUGUCCUUUCCCAUUCCUACUGCUAUCAUCCAGAUGUGAUUAAAUUAGCAUGUUCAGAUACUCGGGUCAAUAGCAUGUGUGGGUUAAUUGAUCUCAUCCUGACCACAGGAGUAGAUAUACCAUACAUCGUCCUGUCUUACAUCUUGAUCAUUCGCUCUGUCCUCAGUAUUGCCGCCCCUGAAGAACGACACAAGGCCUUUAGCACCUGUGCCUCCCACGUUGGAGCAGUUGCUAUUUUCUACAUUCCCAUGAUGAGCUUGUCCUUGGUGCAUUGCUAUGGCCAGUCAGCCCCCAAAGCAGUCCAUUCGAUGAUGGCCAAUGUAUACCUGCUCUUGCCCCCUGCGCUCAACCCCAUCAUCUACAGUGUGAAAACAAAACAGAUUCGCAAGGCUAUACUCAGGUUUCUCCUUAAAAAAUAA